AUGUCCAUUAAGGAAUAUGACCCCAAGAAAGAUAUUGGGAAGGGAAAAAUGGGCAGUCCAUGCGAGAUAGUAGCAGGCAUAUAUAACCAUCGGCGAACAAACGUUGGGUCGUGUGGUAUCGUCUGGGAUGACCAGACGAUGGCCUUCCGUCGAGCAACCAAAAAAGAGCACACAGCCAAUCCCAGUGAUGUGGACAGCAUGCUAGAUGAAUAUGUCAACAUGGAUGAUGAAAAUGGUCGCGCCAUCUUUGAAUAG